CCAUUGCCACUGCCCAAGCAGGCCCAAAAUCAGUUACAGACUGAAAAAAAAGAAAAAAGAACAAACAAACUUUCAAGAGGCAAAGCUCUUUUAUUUCCUCUUCUUCUGUCUUUUUUAUUCGAACUUGUGCAUAUUUCACAAUCAUGGAGACCGGCAUCGUAUGCCGCGCUCGCGCUGCGUUCCUCCCCUGUGUUUCUUCUCAACAUUCCACCUCACUAGUUUCUCCAUCUUCUAUUUCUCCAUCUUUCAGCUCCAAGAGUCUGAAAUCAAGCUCGCUUUUGGGGGAAUCGUUGAGGAUCAUGCCAAAGGUAUCGGUUAAGGUGUCAAAGACAAAGAAUUCUUCUCUUGUAACCAGAUGUGAGAUUGGAGAUAGCCUGGAAGAGUUCCUUAAUAAAGCAACACCAGAUAAGGGAUUGAUCAGGCUGAUGGUGUGCAUGGGUGAAGCGCUUAGAACCAUUGCAUUCAAAGUCAGAACAGCUUCUUGUGGAGGAACAGCCUGUGUGAACUCUUUUGGAGAUGAGCAGCUUGCUGUUGAUAUGCUUGCCGACAAGCUCCUAUUUGAGGCCUUGACUUUCUCUCACUAUUGCAAAUAUGCUUGCUCUGAAGAAGUCCCUGAACUCCAAGACAUGGGAGGCCCAGCUCAAGGUGGAUUCAGUGUUGCUUUUGACCCGCUUGAUGGUUCUAGCAUCGUUGACACGAAUUUCACAGUUGGAACCAUCUUUGGGGUGUGGCCCGGAGACAAGUUAACUGGUGUGACAGGAAGAGAUCAAGUUGCUGCAGCCAUGGGGAUUUAUGGACCUCGAACUACUUAUGUUCUUGCUCUCAAGGACAUCCCCGGCACCCAUGAAUUCCUUCUUCUUGAUGAAGGAAAAUGGAUACAUGUCAAAGAUACAACAGAAAUUGGUGAGGGAAAGAUGUUCUCACCUGGAAAUUUGAGAGCCACAUUCGACAACCCUGACUAUGAUAAGCUUAUCAACUACUAUGUAAGAGAGAAAUACACUCUGCGGUACACUGGAGGAAUGGUGCCCGAUGUUAACCAGAUCAUUGUAAAGGAGAAAGGUAUUUUCACAAAUGUGACAUCCCCAUCUUCCAAAGCCAAGUUGAGGCUUCUCUUCGAGGUGGCUCCACUGGGAUUCCUGAUUGAGAAAGCCGGGGGCUACAGCAGCGAUGGAAAACAGUCUGUGCUCGACAAGGUGAUCGUUAAUCUUGAUGAUAGGACUCAAGUAGCUUACGGAUCCAAGAAUGAGAUUAUCCGAUUUGAAGAAACUCUAUAUGGUUCCUCCAGGCUCAAGGCCGGUGGUGUGCCUGUUGGAGCUGCUGUUUAAGCUCAGCUGCUUUGUUUGCUGCAUUUUUCUUGAAUCACGGAACAAGAAUUAAAGCAAUUUCCCAUAUGGGUUUUGUAUAAUAGAAGAACAAUGUGUUCAUGUUAUGGCUAGACUCAGAUUGACAAUUCAUAAUGUUGAAAUUGAAUUUGUCUUGUAUAAGAUGGAGAGGUCAAGCAGUUUUUUAGUGUCUGUUAUUUGAUUGGUGGCAUUUUCUUGUUCCUAAAAACAUGAGCUUAGUUUUGUUUCUCUGGAGGGCAUCCAGUGAGUCAGUGACUAAUACAGAUUGGAUCUUUGUAA